AUGGAUACGACAAAUCGUGAAAAACUACUUCGAUUUCAAUUGAGUGCUUCAACGGAAGAACAAAAAUAUGUCAUUCGAUCUGAAAAACUCGGUCUUGAUUACACUGUAUGGGUUCAAGAUGACACAGGCACCAAUGCGAAAUGUUAUGUUAUGACUAUUCAUGACCUUGGUUGUAGUCAUUCGAUUUUUACGGAAUUUGUUUCUCAACCUGAAAUGCGUGCACUCAAACAACGUAUUGUGUGGGUACACGUGGAUUUGCCGGGUCAAGAGGACGGUGCUGGUAUUUUAACUAUUGAAAAAUAUCCGUCAUUGGAUGAUGUUGGCAGCGAAUUAAUUAAUAUCCUUGAUCAUUUAAAUAUUCCACAAAUAGUUGUCUUUGGUGAAGGUGCAGGUGCAAAUAUCGGUUGCCGUUUUGCAAUCGAACAUCCUACACGCGUUCAUGGCGUUGUACUUGUUCAUCCAACUGGUACUACGGCUGGUUUCAUGGAAAUUAUGAAGGAUAAACUCAACAAUUGGAAAUUGAUUCAUAAGGGAAUGAAUCCGGAUGCAGAAGCCUAUCUGAUUUGGCAUCGAUUUGGACGUGAUGCAGCGAAAGGUUAUGUUGAUUCACAAGUAUUGGAAGCCAAUAUUCGUGAAUUUUCCGAAAAACUCUAUCAAAAACGAACAGCGAAGAACCUGGCACUCUUUCUCGAUGCAUUUCUCAAUCGAACAAACCUGGUGGAUAAACUGGACAAAUUAACGGUUGAUUGUCUGGUUGCUGUUGGUAAAAAGAGUUCGGUGUUGCAUACAACAGAAAAAUUCUACGAAAAACUUCGCGAUUCACGUGAUCCACAAAAAAUGGUUAAUUCACCAAUACUCAUCGCCGAUAAUGCUGGUGACAUACUUGGUGAAGCACCGGAUGUUUUAGCUAAAUCAAUGCAAUUUUUCUUACAAGGAAUUGGUUUAAUCUCUGGCUUACCAAUGGAUGCCGGCUUAGUUGGUUUAGGUCGUUUAUCUCGUUCAAUGUCCAUGGAAGAAGCUGAUCGUCCACGACGAAGUUCAGUUCUUAAUUCAACAUCAUCACCCGGUACUGGUUCCCCGCCAAAUGUUGGUUCACCACCAAAAUAG